CUGAUAGGGUCUGCUUUGUGAUACACUGACCCAAACAGUUGGCCAACCCUCGUUGGACCCCGACUAAGCGUGAUCUCCUUACAGUCUCAUCGGACCAGAAUUGAAAGAGCAAGGAGAGUGAAGUUUGACCAUGUAUAACCCGAAUCAACCGCCAAUUCAAUAUGCGGCGAACCAUCCAGCACCGACACCAAACGGCUCGUCGACGAUGCCUCCUCCCUCCUUAACCCCUCCUCAAACACAACCAGCACCUCCAGUACAUCAUCCAGGAGCGGUGCCGCAGCAGCAGUAUCCGACAGGUCAACCGGUUUCAGUCCCACAGCACCAACCUGGACCCGCUCCAUUGCCCACUCCAGCCUUAGAUGCUUCAUUCCAACAACCGAGCGGUUUGAUGACAGUUCAAGUCCAUGCCUAUCCCACACCGCUUCCCACACCCGCCUAUACCCCAGAUCCGAACAACCCGCAUACCGCUGGCCAUCCGCCCGAGAAGGUGGAAAAGAUCCAGCAAAUGCUACAGAACAUGCCUCCAGAGCAACUCCUUCAACUCCAGCAGCAGUUUGCCCAACCACAGGAACAGCCGCAGCCGCAGCCGCAGCCGCAGUACAGCCAGCCGCAACAACAGCAGUAUGGACAACCGCCCCAGCCACGACAGCUACAUUUUGCGCCCCCUCCCAUGCAACCCCUGAACAACACUCCGCAAGGUUUCACUCCGACGCUGAAAGAUGACCAGAAAUCCGGCAAAGUCAAGCGCUUCAUGGGCGACACCCUCUUCGGCCGCGUCGCCCGGGCAUCGGUCCAGACGGCCACAUCGGCGGUGAAAAUGCCUUUAGCACUGUCGCCUUGGGGCGAUAACAAUCCAGUCACCCUGCCGAACGUUCGCUACCGUGAUGCGAUUCUAUUCACCACGUUUGCCGCCUUUGGGGCUGAUGCGUUUGUCUCCGAGGUGGUCAGUAUGGGUACUGGUACUAUCGUCGGCAGCACGGUUUUGAAAUACGGGGUAUUUCAGAUCGUGGAGCAGGCGAUCGACAAAGGCAUCCUAGAGAAGCUACUGCCCGAAGAAGAAAAGAUGCUGGCCACAACAGAUGUGAAGAGCUUGCAAGUGGGCAUCAAGCAUAAGCUGAUGGGCGUCGACGCAGAUAUCCGAUUCGGUGGUGUCACUCCCACGAGGGACGAGAAAGCAUGCGAGAAGGGCUGGUUUUGUCCGUAUCUUUUCGCCAGUGCUCGGACGCCCUUGGUGCCUCGUAAGAACGACUUCGCUAUGGCGCAGUGCUUUGGACCGUUCUUGGCCGGCGACUAUGCUCUCGCCCAUAAACUCCUUUCCGAAUCCCUCACUGUCCUCCCCUUCUGCGACCCCGACCCCAAGAACGAUACGGGCGGUAACCGCAUCCUCCUCCUGUUCACCGCCAUUUCCCCCUUCCGCGGGAACAUGUGGUCGAGCUCCCGCCGUCCCGGCUGCGGCACCAUCGUCUUCCAUCUCUUCUCCGGAAUCCCCUCGCUGGUCCUCCCGGCGAACCCGACGGCGCCCAUCUGCGCGUGGAGUCCGUGGACGUUGGCGCAAAUCCGCGGAGGCCAGGGGAGGGGGUACGUUCCGGAAAUGCACCAUGAACAGGUCUGUGAAUGGUUGGAUACGAUCGUGGACCAACAUCGACUGAGCGCUCCGGUCCAAAAACGAUACAUUGAGGUGUUGUCGCGGGCGGUCAGUCUCGUGGUCAACGGCGCGCUGGCUUUGCAGUCGGCCCCGCCGGCCUGUUUGGCGAAAGUUGACCCUGACCGGGCCGGUAUUGUUGCAUUCAGGUAUUGA